AUGAAUGAAUUUAGCCAAAAAACACUGUCUCAGUCUGUUCCGAUCUAUCGGUCUGUCUGUCUGUCUGUCUCAGUCUGUUCCGAUCUAUCUGUCUGUCUGUCUGUCUCAGUCUGUUCCGAUCUAUCUGUCUGUCUGUCUGUCUCAGUCUGUUCCGAUCUAUCUGUCUACUCUUGUUUUUUCUUUUUUAUAUUUUAUACUUUCUCAAAUUUUUCUUUUCCUUCUUUGCCAUUGGAUUUUCAUUCCUUUGUGUAUUUUUAUACUUUUUCUUUCCAUAGAAUUUUUCCUUUAUCUUCACUUUAUCUUUCUUUUCACUUUUGUGCUUGCCUUCAUUUUGUAUGUCACCAUUUUUCUUAUUUCUAUCUUUUUGAUUUUUUUUUUUAUGGAUUCACAUUUUCUAUCCUUACAAAUGCAUUAUUUAAAUCUUUCUUUAUUUCUUAUGCAUUUCUUUUUCUGUUUUCUUUUCCUUUCUCUUUCAUCUCAAUUACUUCAUUUUUCUUUCUACCUUUACUAAUUUUCUUUCUAUUUUAUCUGAAUUUUCUUUCUUUCUUUACUACUUCUUUUCUGUUUACUUUCCUACAUCUUUUUUAUUUUUUUUCCUUUCUUUCUUUACUACUUCUUUUGUUUACUUUUCUACAUCUUUUUUUCAUCUUUUACUAA